UUGAUGAGCACCAAGACCGGACCCGCACUAAUAAAGUUUUCUCAGUCAUACGUCCUUCAAUUAUGUUUGAAUUGAUUUGACGCGGUCCCAUUAUUUUGUUUUAGUUCUACAAACUACCACCACUAAUAUAUUAUGUGGCCUUAGUUUCUCUCACUGCGACCCCCCACCACUCUGAUAUUUUCCUCUGUCAUAUAUAAAAUCUCAUUACCUUCACUUUCAUGGAUAAAAUUCACUUUCAUAGUUACAAUAGUUACCAUGGUAGCUGAAAAAUCUAGCGAUUCCAAUCUUCCUACUACUGCUCUGCCCCUCCUUUGGGAUGAAGAUAACGAAGGCCUAUCUCAAGAGUGUAAAGACCUGAUUGCAACCUUACCCACCGAACGGCAUUUGGCUAUGCACAAACUCUACCAAUAUCAAGGUUUCUGGUUCCCUAAAACAGUACUUCAAGCACUUCUUAAUUGUCAACACCAUUUUCAAGCCUAUGACUCUGACAUUCUCCUUAUCACUUCACCGAAGUGUGGCACCACUUGGCUCAAAGCCCUCACUUUUGCUAUUCUUAACCGCAAGACCCAUAAUCCAAACCCGACCCGAAUGCCCUCUUCCACUACUCACCCUCUCCUCACUGCCAACCCUCAUGCUUUGGUACGCACCUUGGAGACCACCCUCUACACUGGGCAAACCAAGCCUGAUCUGCGCUUGUUCUCAUCAUCUCCAAGGGUUUUUGCGACACAUCUACCAUAUGUUUUGUUGCCGGAGUCCAUUAAGCUAUCGAGAUGUAAAAUAGUGUACUUGUGCAGAAAUCCCAAGGACCAAUUCAUCUCUGCCUGGCAUUUCCAGAACAUGAUAAGACCAGAAAUCCAAGAGAGCAACAAGAUCGAAGAGUUGUUCGAGCAGUAUUGCAGAGGAGUGGACCCUUAUGGGCCAUUUUGGGAUCACAUGCUAGAGUACUACAAGAAAAGUUUGGAGAAUCCGAAUAAAAUAAUGUUUUUGAGAUACGAGGACAUGAAGGGCGAGCCUCAUAGGGUAUUAAAGGACCUUGCUGGGUUCAUAGGGUAUGGUUUUUCUAAGGAGGAGGAGGAUGAUGAUAUUGUGGGUGAUAUAUUUAGGCUAUGUAGUUUUGAGAAUUUGAGCAAUUUGAAAGUGAAUAAAAGUGAGAAAAUGCCACAUGGAAUUGAAAAUAAGGCUUAUUUUAGACGUGGAGAAGUUGGAGAUUGGAAGAAUUUUCUUAAGUUUGAUAUGGCGGAACAACUUGAUGCCAUUAUUCAAGAGAAGUUAGAGAAACAUGGGUUGAAGUUCUAA